CCUACGUCAUCACAACGCGACGCCUCCCAACGCUUCUUGUUUUCUACGCAGUUACUACGCGAUGUGGAUUUAAUGGAAUUUUCCACUUAUUCUGGAUCAUCUAAAACACCAAAUCGAUUCGAUUGAAUCGUAACGAUCACUUUUUAAGCAGGAUCCGGACUCUUCAAGGGGUGAUGAGAGUUAUAUCGGCUCGUUUGAACGGUUUAAUCUGUAAAGCCUCACCUCGAGGGUGACUCCGCGCUUCGUCAGUGACUCGUUACAGCGUUCUAAUUACCGUCAGAAAUCAUCACUAAACUCUCCGUGAUGGAGUAUCACAGUGUGGGGCCCGGAGGAGUGGUGGUCACCGGGAACAAUGUGCCUGCGUUUCUGACCAAACUCUGGACGCUGGUGGAGGAUCCGGACACGGACCCGCUGAUCUGCUGGAGCCCAAAUGGCACCAGUUUCCACGUCUUCGACCAGGGCAGGUUUUCCAAAGAAGUUCUGCCGAAAUACUUCAAGCACAACAACAUGGCCAGUUUUGUCCGCCAGCUCAAUAUGUAUGGUUUUCGGAAAGUGGUCCACAUUGAGCAGGGAGGGCUGGUAAAACCAGAGAAAGACGACACAGAGUUCCAGCAUCCAUAUUUCAUCCGGGGACAGGAGCAACUUCUGGAGAAUAUUAAGAGGAAGGUGACCACGGUGUCGAAUAUUAAACAUGAGGACUACAAGUUCAGCACGGACGACGUGUCUAAAAUGAUCUCAGAUGUCCAGCACAUGAAGGGCAAGCAGGAGUCCAUGGACUCCAAAAUCAGCACCCUCAAGCAUGAGAACGAGAUGCUCUGGAGGGAAGUUGCCACUUUGAGACAGAAACACUCUCAACAACAGAAAGUCGUCAAUAAGCUCAUUCAGUUCCUGAUCACAUUAGCACGGUCCAACAGAGUUCUGGGAGUGAAACGAAAGAUGCCGCUGAUGUUGAACGACAGCAGCUCUGCUCACUCCAUGCCCAAAUUCUCUCGUCAGUACUCGCUGGAGUCUCCUGCUCCCUCCAGCACAGCUUUCACUGGAACUGGCGUCUUCAGCUCAGAAUCGCCAGUCAAGACGGGCCCAAUCAUCUCUGACAUCACUGAACUGGCCCAGUCCAGCCCUGUGGCCACAGACGAGUGGAUUGAAGACCGAACGAGCCCAUUGGUCCACAUCAAAGAAGAGCCGUCUAGCCCCGCCCACAGCCCUGAGGUGGAAGAGGUGUGUCCUGUGGAAGUAGAAGUGGGGGCUGGGUCUGAUUUGCCUGUGGACACGCCCCUUUCGCCCACAACCUUCAUAAACUCCAUCCUUCAGGAGAGCGAGCCAGUCUCCGCCCUGACUCCGCCUCCCAGCGAACAGAAGUGCUUGAGCGUCGCCUGCCUGGACAAUUAUCCUCAGAUGUCUGAGAUCUCUCGCCUUUUCUCCGGCUUCUCCACCUCAUCUCUGCACCUCCGGCCUCAUUCAGGGACGGAGCUUCAUGACCAUCUGGAGUCCAUCGACAGCGGUUUAGAAAACCUCCAGCAGAUCCUCAACGCGCAGUCCAUUAACUUCGACUCCUCUCCUCUCUUCGACAUUUUCUCUUCAGCGGCGUCUGAUGUGGAUCUGGACAGCCUGGCUAGUAUCCAAGAUCUUCUGUCACCAGAUCCAGUGAAAGAAACCGAAUCUGGUGUGGACACUGAUUCAGGCAAGCAGCUGGUCCAGUACACGUCGCAGCCCAUCGUUCUCCCCGAUCCCCUCAGCACCGACAGCAGCAGCACAGAUCUGCCCAUGCUCCUGGAGCUCCAGGAUGACUCGUAUUUCAGCUCUGAACCCACCGAAGAUCCCACCAUCGCCCUGCUCAACUUCCAGCCUGUUCCCGAAGACCCCAAACUAUCAUAGAGUACUGCUGUCAAAAAGUACCAGCUUCGGUACCAGUUGGUGCUGACAUUUUAAAGCAUCCAUUUCCUGCUAACAUUAGUCCUUAAAGCGAUAGAUCACCCAUAAAUUAAAAAUGAACUGUUCAUUUACUCGCCCUCAGGUCAUUAUUGAAGAUGUAGCUGACUUUUUUGUAUCCUUCAGUAGAACAUUGAAGAAGAUUUUAAGCUGAAUCUGCAUUCAUCAGUAAUUCAAGAUGCAUAUACAUAUAAUGCUCCUAUACAUUACUCUAAAGACUGAAUUUGGAUAAAUGUGUGCGCGCCACAACGUGUCUGGAAUAAAGCUUAUAAUACUGUAAAUGUUCAAUUUGUUGCACAGAAUGAUUGUUUCAAUUCUUAGUAUCAUCAGGAGCCACAGGGAUAGAUUGACAAACUUGUUUGCAUGCAUCUGUUUUUAAAGGAACACUCUCCUUUAUGGCAAAUAGGCUCAUUUUACAAGUCUUCUAGAGGUAAAUCGAUGUCUUACCGUUUUAUUUAUUUAUUUUUUAACAAUUCAGUCUAUCUUUGGGUUUGGCAGGAGCACUUUUAGCUUAGCUUAGCAUAAAGCAUUGAAUCGGAUUGGACCGUUAGCAUCUCGCUUAAACUAAAAUGAAAAAAAGUUUUAAAAAUGUAUCAAGUUUUGAUCAUUUACUAAUUUAAAUUUCCAUUUUUCUAGCUGGGGGUAUUUUCAGGGACUGUGUAAUAUCGUUGUGCCUGCUGCAGCCAUUGGGAUGGCAGCAAAGUUUCUUUAUUAUUACGCUGGAAAAAGUAGUUCCUAGCCGUAUUGACCUAAUAAAAACAUUUAAUUUUCUGUUAGUCUUAGUACAUGAUGUAUCUAUAAAAGAGAGAAGCUUUAAAUAGGAUAAUAGCUCUAAAUAAUUCUCUGGUCAUUUUUGAGAUGCUAAUGGUCUAAUCCAUUUUAAUGAUUUAUGCUAAGCUAAGCUAAAACAAUUAACUCCCGCCAGAACCAUAAAUUGGCUGAAUAUAUAUAUAUAUCCCUGGGUAAAACUCAACAUUUUAACUCCAGAUGACUUGUCAAAUGAGCCUAUUUCCAGAAUAAAAACAAUUAAAGUGUUGCUUUAAGCCAUGGGUCACCAAACUUGUUCCUGGAGGGCCGGUGUCCUGCAAAUUUUAGCGCCAACCCUAAUCAAACACAUCUGAACAAGCUAAUCAAGGUCUUACUUGGUAUACUUGAAACAUCCAGGCAGGUGUGUUGAGGCAAGUUGGAGCUAAACCCUGCAGGGACACCGGCCCUCCAGGACCAGGAUUGGUGACCCCUGCUUUAAGCUAAAAAAAGAAAGUAAACGUUGACACUUUCGACCAUUUCAAAGUGAUGUCGUCGUUGGUUCAUUCACAUCUCCUGUUUGUUGUCAAACUAUGUCAACAAGAGACAAUUCAAUCAUAUCUUAACGUUAAAAUGACGUCAUAACAUUUUCAAUAUGCUGACCUUUUUGGGUUCUCGGAAGCUUAUCGAAAUUAAAAAUUAAAUGUGGGAAAUACAUUAGGACCAUGAUGGUUGUUUAUACCCCUCAAAAUGGUCUUUACGAAUCACCAAGGACCACAUAUCCAGCUAAAACUCUUUUUUAAUGUUCUACUGAAGAAAGCAAACAUCACCUAUAUCUUAAAUGUCCUGAGGGUAAAUUAGCUACGAUAAAUUAACUAUAAAUGAUCAUUUUGGGUGAACUAUCCCUUUAAGGAUAUCUGAUUGGCCAUUGUGUUCGUGUACAGGUUUAUUGUUGAUUAUGUAGAUCCCCAUUAGCCACUAUCAACAUAGUGGUUACUCGUCCAAAAAAAAAAGACAAAUUUACAUUAAAUCAUCAUCAAAACAAUACAUUAAACUAAAACAAUACACUGUAAAAAAUCAUUUUGUGUUAUGAAAACAUGAAGGAAUUAAAUUUGCUUAUUAUGUUUUUACAAAUUGAAGUGGAUUGAACAUAAAAUUGUGUUGUUUUUACUCAUUUUAAAUUAGUGACGCAAUACCAAAAUCAAUUGAAAAGACACGCUUACAUUAAACCAUAACAAUAGACACUAAUUCUACCACCAAAUAAAGAUACAUCUACAGUAAGUAAGGUAUGUUGGCUGAGACUGGCUGUAAUGAUCAGCUUAUAUAUCUGCUUAUUGACAGAUCCUCUGAUUAAGCACUGCUUUCAAACACUCCAGUCAUAUCUAUUGAACAGGUAAACACAAUAGGUAUCUUUUGGUCAUUGGAUUUUCAAUUUAGGAACUGAUAUUGAAAAACAAAAAACGAGUCAUUUUUUUAAUUUUCGUUUUAAAAUUAUAAAACAAAAAUUGAAAUUCAAUGAGUUUGAAAACAAAAAUCAAAAAACGGCUCGUUUUUCUCUUUUAUAGUGAAAAACGGAAAAACAAAAUUCAAAAAUGUUUUUAGUUGUAUUUUUUAUUUUGAAUAGCAAAAAAUAAAAUCACCAGAAAAAUAACAAAAAUAAAAACAAAUACAGACUUGUUUUGUUUAUAUUUCGAAACCAGAUAAUAAUUUAUUUAUUUUAGUUUUAAAAACUAAAAUCUUUUUUUUUUUUCGUUUUUCAUUAUUAGUUCCUAAAUUGAAAAUUCAAUGACCAAAAGAUACACUGACCACAAUACCCACUCUGCAGUGUUUAAAAAUGAGAGUGAAUGUUAGCGGGAAGUGCUGGUAUUGUCACAUAUUUUAUUAAUCUGUACUAAUUGGUACCAAAUUCAGUACUUUUGACAUAACCAUCAUAGAGAGAGCAGCUUUAAUAAAGGGAUUCACGUCUGUGUGGGCUUUUAACCUGUUAUUCUCUGCAUUGUGUUCAUUUUCUGGGCAGUCGUUUAUGUAACACGUCAGGGCUGGCCAUUAACUCGCUUCACUUUUAGUCGGCAAUAGAAAAGAUUCAUGAUUUCGAGUCGAAACAUCUGAAUAAGCUUUUGUUUGUAAGCGACGUAGAUUCACUGUCAGAAAAACUCAAAAGAAAUGUGUAAUACUACAUUAUCCACCACGCUUCACUUUUAUUCAUCCGGAUUACAGCGAGAUCUGCGCAAUUCAGUCCAGCUUUACGUGCGUUUUCUGCUUCUAUACGUCUAUUAUUCUUCGAAUUUAAUUAUGCUGUGACUCUGGAUUAUCGUACUCAGUUUUCAGGAUUUCUUCGCAGUGUAAAUUGCAAGGAUUUUGAGAUUCAAAGCAAAAAACAAAAAGAAAUGUGUAUAUAAAUAUUAUAUAGGCAAAAUAUGAAUUGAUUAAAUCAGACAAACGUGGAACAAGCAUCAAAAAUCAAUGUGCAACUGUUGUCAAAGCCAUAGUUGUUCAUCACAUGACGUCCGGGGUUGAGAUGAUGCCGUGUGUUAGUUUAUAUUUAGCGCUGUUUUUGUACUAAAUCUUUGGGAAGUUCUGGACAGCCAGCGAUGCUGUGUAGAGGAUGUACGUUUGAGGAUAUAAAUAGUUUGAAGUCUGCAUUUGUUCGGGCGAAACGAAUGUGUUGACGUUCGGCAGAGAUGAGAUACACAAUCUGUGUAUUUCUAUAAUGACAGGUCAUUUUUCUGUGCAUUUUUAAGCACCCGGUGUGUACCUGGGACGGUCCGAUUAUAGAAUUUGUGCAAUAAUUCAACUCCUAACUGAUUGACGGCAACACACUGCUGCUUUUUAUUUUGAAAUCUUCGUUUCUGUUUGUUUGUUUUUUUUUUGCAUUACGGAAGUAGAGAAAAUAAUAGAUGAAUUAUAUGCACAUCCGGCUAUAUUCCAUCUAAUAAAAAUAAAUGUCACAUAAAAGUCCUCAGUAUAGGCACUAUUUUUGUUAUUAUUAUUAAACGAUAUCUGUUUUAGGACUUCUACAAGUUUCUUCUGCAUUGACGAUUUUUUUUAUUCGAAUAUUUUUGAGUGAUUUAUUUUGUUUUGUUUUGUUUUUCUGGGCUUGUUGUGCAAAUUGGAAACCAAAAGCCUGAAUUGAGCUCGUGUUUUUGAGUGUGAUUAGUACACAUGCUCUGCCCUGUAGACGUCUGUCGUUCAAACAUCUUUAUUGUUUCGGAUGGACGGAGAGAGGAACGAAUGUCAAUUCUGAUCAUUUGCAGUCAUAUUUUAGUCAUUGAAUGACUGUCAUAGCCAGAGAGACAUUAAUAUUAGACAUAAAUUAUUUUAUUACGCAUGUGAACAACACUUUGUGUAUUGGUAUGUUUCAAAUAAAAUGUUUUUGAAAGUA